AAAAUAUUUCUUUAAUUCAUUAUGUACACCCUUUGUCCACUUCCAUUCCCAUACCUGCACUGCAGCUUCCCUGACAUACACAAGGUUACGUACCUAAGGAGAAACCAACAAAGCUUGCCCCCUUACGAGCAGAAGUAGGACUCACUCACUGCCUCUUCCACUUUAUCCUAAACGUUCACCACUUUACGUAGUUUGAUACGACCUAAACAAUCCACAUGUCAAUCUGUACAUGUGGUCCAGCAUACCAACUAAUAAAGCCCUGCUUCCUCCCGUCUCUGUCUGUUUGCAUGUGCUUCCACUACUAGUUCUGCCCAGGCAAUCAGGACACCCACAAUUUAAAAGGACAAACAGUGCUCUCCCUAAUAAGUAUAGCAAGAAGGGCACUACUCUCAUUGUCUCCAUUCUGGUACAUACGCCAUGGCAUAACUCUUUCUCUCAGCACAGGAGAUUGCACAGAACCAUGAUUAUCUCAACACUACUAACAGGCCAAAUCACAGAGAUCAUAUGUGACAGAAAAACAGCCAAAGCCCCCUUCCUCCCCCGCACCCCCAUGUUUGGUACAAAGCACCCUUCCCCAGUUUUGAGUCUGUAGUGUUUUACAAGCACUUCCCAUGCAGAAUUGACAUGUACUCACAGAAUCACAGAAUUGUAGGGGUUGGAAGGGACCUCGAGAGAUCGUCGGGUCCAACCCCCCUGCCAAAGCCGGUUCCCUAGAGCAGGUUGCCCAGGUAGGUGUCCAGACAGGCCUUGAAUACCUCCAGAGAAGGAGACUCCACAACCUCCCAGGGCAGCCUGUUCCAGUGCUCCGUCACCCUCACCGUGAGGAAGUUCUUUCAUGUGUUGGUGCGGAACUUCCUGUGCUCCAUUUUGUGGCCAUUACCCCUUGUCUGGUCUCCACAAACCACUGAAAGAGGUUGGCCAAAUCCCUCUGUCUCCCACACUUCAGGUAUUUAUAAACAUUGAUGAGAUCCCCUCUCAGUCUUCUUUUCUCCAGGCUAAACAGACCCAGGUCUCUCAGCCUUUCCUCAUAGGGAAGAUGCUCCAGUCCCUGUAUCAUCUUUGUGGCUCUCCGCUGGACUCUUUCCAGGAGAUCCCUGUCUUUUUUGUACCGGGGAGCCCAGAACUGGACACAGUACUCCAGGUGAGGCCUCACCAGGGCAGAGUAGAGGGGGAGGAUCACCUCCCUUGACCUGCUGGCCACACUCCUUUUAAUGCAUGCCAGGAUCCCAUUGGCCCUCUUGGCCACCAGGGCACACUGCUGGCUCAGGGUCAACCUGUCGUCUACCAGGACCCCCACAUCCAUCUCCUCAGAGCUCCUCUCAGCCUGUACUGAUACGUCCAGUUGUUCCUUCCCAGGUGCAGGACUCUACACUUGCUCUUAUUAAACCUCAUUUGGUUUCUUCCUGCCCAGCUCUACAGCCUGUCCAGGUCUCGCUGAAUGGCAGCACAGCCUUCUGGCAUGUUGACCACUCCUCCCAGCUUUGUAUCAUCCGUGUACUUGCUGAGGGUGGACACUAUUCCCUCAUCAAGGUUGUUGAUGAAGAUGUUGAACAAGUCCGGACCCAGCACCGACCCCUGAGGAUCACCGCUUGUCACAGGUCUCUAGCCGGACUCUGUGCUGCCGAUCACCACCCUCUGAGCUCGGCCAGUCAGCCAGUUCUCAACCCACCUUACUGUCCACUCAUCUAUCCCACACUUUCUCAGCUUUGCUAGCAGGAUGUAGUGGGAGACAGUAUCAAAAGCCUUGCUAAAGUCAAGGUAGAUGACAUCCACUGCUCUCCCCCCAUCUACUCAGCUGGUGAUGCCAUCAUAGAAGGCAACGAGGUUGGUCGAGCACAACUUCCCCUUGGUGAAUCCAUGCUGACUACUCCUCAUAACCUUCUUCUCUCCCAAUUGCUUGGAGAUGGUAUCCAGAACAAGCUGUUCCUACAAAAAACUCACACCCAUUUUUCAUGGUAAAACUCACACCCAUUUUUCAUGGUAAAACUCUGUGAUAUCAUGUACUGACUAAGAAACUGUUUUCUGGUAUUUGAUAACUCUUUGCACAGCAGGACUUGGCUCUUAGUGGUGCAGGGAGGAGUACGCUACAUUGUACCAUGCAUCUGAACAAAGGUGAGAGGAUCCCAUCAGCUUCUUAAUGCAUGCACACAUCCUCUGAGUCUGCCCCUCCCCGUGAACUUAACACUGCAGGCUCUCAACAGCCAUCCUACACAGGAAAACAUGGCCUGUGUCACCUAGCCUAGUAUUCCUGUCCAGAUCCCACUUCUUACCUCUGAGCAGCAAACUGCAGCUCUUGCUUGACAGGCAGAUGUAGGUUGGUCCUAGUACAAAAGCCAGGGAAUCACUGACAGCUGGGACUGUGACACCACCAGAAAACCACGCAUCCAGAAAAACCCGCAUCUCAGUAAUAUUACUGGUAGGAAGCAAGUGUCUUUCAAACGCAGGCUUAAACAGUUUGCUCACUUCCAGGACAUGGAAAAUUUCCCCCUUCCAAUUGUACCAGGUCAGUAUGUGAAACAACUUGAAAGGUAAGGUACUCAGAGAUUCUUUAUCCAGAAACCUGCUGUGACUUUACUUUCCCUCCCUCUGUCACACUACACCUCUACCACCCUACACCUCUCUUAAUACAUCCAGCCCUCUUAUAUUACAGUCCAGUGCCACCUGCAACCCAGACCCACUAAUUCAGCAGCCCCUGAGCUCAUGCUAGAAGCUAGCUUCCUGAUCUGUCUCACUUAUAAGUGCAGCUCCAUGAUUGACACGAAAGAAUACUACCUUGAUUCAUCCAAUAUAGUAAGACUAGUCAAGGUCAUGAUUUAAAGAGGUGUUGCUUCAACAAAACGAGAAAGCAGGCCAAGAGGAACAUGUUUUCCCACCACUCCUCUUCCACUCCUGCUCAGAGGCAAGUGGUUCCUUCCACGCCCCACACUGGCAGUUCCUCCACCCCACGGCAGGUCACAGGGGAGAUCCCGACACUCCUCACCAACAGCAAAGAUCCAUUUUGCCCCUGAAGUUUGCAUGGUCCGAUAGACUUGAUUCAGACUUUGUGCCAGACACCCCACAGUCAAACGAGCACACCUCGGAGCCCAGCGCGGCCGCUGUGCCGUCCCGCUGCACUGACUCACGGAGGGGGAACCCGGAAGGCCGCGGGCCGCGUUCCCCGCCCGGCAACCCCUACUUCGCGGCACAGAGCGCCGGGGGGACCCUAUGUGGCGGCACGGUGCAGAGUGACAGCAGCCGGUGCCGCCGCGAACGGCUUCUCCUCACAGGGACCGCGCGGCCGGCAGGGUGCUUGAAAACAACCAAGAACGACUCCCCGGCUCCCCAGACACCCCGUCCCCGCAGGCAGCGCGCCCCGCCCCGUUGCUAGGGAAGUGAGGUCACACAGUAUGGCGGCUCGGGGCCGAAGCUGCUGACGGGUUGGUGCCGUCUGGAAUCCGCGUCCAUCCUUCUCGGGAGUUGCGGCGACGGUGCUGCCUGCCUCGCUGUCGCUGAGCGGCAGGACUAAGGCCGCGAUGGCAUCAGGAACCGCAGGGCUGUGAGGCAGCAGAGCGCGAGCCUGCAGGGCGGGAGGAGCAACAGAACCGGGUCGCGGACGAACCGAGCUGCCGCCAUGGAGCUGAGGGUUGGGAACCGGUACCGGCUGGGCCGGAAGAUCGGGAGCGGCUCCUUCGGGGACAUCUACCUGGGAACUGAUAUUGCUGCUGGAGAGGAGGUUGCAAUUAAGUUGGAAUGUGUGAAAACCAAACAUCCUCAGCUCCACAUUGAGAGUAAAAUCUACAAAAUGAUGCAGGGUGGAGUGGGUAUUCCCACAAUUAAGUGGUGUGGAGCUGAAGGGGACUACAAUGUCAUGGUGAUGGAGCUGCUGGGGCCGAGUCUUGAAGAUCUCUUCAAUUUUUGUUCAAGGAAAUUUAGUCUCAAGACAGUCUUGUUACUUGCUGACCAAAUGAUUAGUCGAAUUGAGUAUAUUCACUCUAAGAAUUUCAUCCACCGAGAUGUGAAACCAGAUAACUUCUUAAUGGGCCUGGGGAAGAAAGGAAAUCUUGUCUACAUAAUAGACUUUGGAUUAGCAAAGAAGUAUCGAGAUGCUCGAACUCACCAACAUAUCCCAUAUCGUGAAAAUAAAAACUUAACAGGAACUGCUCGUUAUGCAUCCAUCAACACUCAUCUUGGAAUUGAGCAAUCUCGCAGAGAUGACUUGGAGUCCUUGGGCUAUGUACUGAUGUAUUUUAACCUGGGCUCCCUCCCCUGGCAGGGACUGAAAGCAGCAACAAAGAGGCAGAAAUAUGAACGUAUCAGUGAAAAGAAAAUGUCUACACCCAUUGAGGUUUUGUGUAAAGGAUAUCCUUCUGAAUUUGCCACAUACUUGAAUUUCUGCCGUUCUCUGCGUUUUGAUGACAAACCGGACUACUCCUAUCUAAGGCAAUUAUUCAGAAACCUCUUUCACCGACAAGGGUUCUCCUAUGACUAUGUGUUUGACUGGAACAUGCUGAAAUUUGGUGCAAGCAGAGCGACUGAAGAUGCUGAACGUGAAAGGAGAGAACGAGAGGAAAGAUUGAGACAUACACGAAAUCCAGCUGUUCGUGGACUACCCUCCACUGCUUCUGGCAGGCUGAGGGGAACACAAGAUGUAGCUCCUCCUACUCCUCUUACCCCAACUUCACACGCUGCCAACACUUCUCCUCGACCAGUGUCUGGUAUGGAACGAGAAAGGAAAGUGAGUAUGAGAUUGCAUCGUGGUGCCCCAGUCAAUGUCUCAUCAUCUGACUUAACAGGACGACAAGAUACUUCUCGCAUGUCAACUUCGCAGCAUUCAUCUAGGACUAAUGAGGAACUUGCCAGAUGGAAUGUUGCAGAGAUGAUGAAGCAGGUAUUGAGAUUGGUCCAAGAACAAACAGCAUAUAACUAGAGCUGCAGGAAACAAGAGCAGUGCAGUUCAGAUCAUGCCCAUUUUCCUCCGCAGUGAAUGGCUGGACUCGUUUCAGACUUCAGAGAGUACCAGAUGCAAAUAUAAACUGUGGUUUUCCUUCACAAGGGUGUGCUGUGACUGUGUGCUAUUAAAGUCUGUCAUUUUGGUCCACCCAGUAACAUUCAUUCUUGUAGCAGGACAUGGCUUGAGCUGGCCAGUAAGGUAGCAAAGCAUUUGAUUAAACCUUAAGUCUUACCACUUUUGACUAAACUAAAAUAAUAAUAAUUAAAAAAAAAGGAAUAAUGCAUUUAUUCAAACAUACAUUUUAUGUAAACUAGACCUAGGAUCUUCAAAGUGUAAAUACACAGAAACUUUUGAAGAUGAAGAGAUUCUUCCCAGAUUGCUCAGCAGAGAUGCUUAGUGUUAGGCACAAAUAGAUGUAAACUUCCCAAGUAUCCAUGCUUCUAGAUAGCAAAAUGUUUCUCUUACUGCAUUGAUAAGACUGUAAUUUUGAUGCACAUAUGUGCAGCCUUGAAAGUAUACUUUGAGGAGGCAGUCUCAGCUGGGUAUCCAAAAAAUACCAAGAUAAAUACAUUAUGAGGCAAUAUUUUUUAGGAGCUUUCAAGUUCUAAAGAGCAUGCUAAAGGGUAUCACUUGAUGAUAAAGACAACUUACUGACAGGUCAGUACUCAAAAUAUUUAGGGCUUUAUAAGUCAAAGCAGCUUGUAAAACUUCACCUGCAAAUGAAACCUGGAGCACUCUGUAGAGGACAAGAAAAACUCCUAAGUGAAACACCAGAAAAUUAAUAGCUAUUAUUUUAAAUAAGUUGAUGCUUAAAAGUGAUCUUCAGAAUCAUUUGCAGAAGGGAGCCCAUUUCCAUUUUAGAAGUGGUCAAACUCUGAGUCAUUGCAAAAACAGUCCCCUUGCAUACAUCAAAUUCAGUCUGCCUGACAGCUCACUGUUUCCCGUUAAUUUUAUUUUUCUCUAUAAGCACACUGCAUUUGUAUGGCUAUGUGAGCAUGUGCAAAUGGAACCCAAUUUCCAAAUCUGGGCAUUAAAGGUAUUUUUAUCUAAGCUUGUUUUCUCAUGUCCACAGUUAUCAAUAACCAAAUAAAUAUUUAUUCACUAUAUUUGCAACCGUUUACUAGAAAAGCAUAAAACAAAUCCAGGUAUAAAUGUACAUAUAACAUUAAAGUGCAUUAACAGGAAAUAAAAAGUCAUCUUACUUGGACAAAACUGAAGUGUACUCCCAUAAUCCCCAAGAAAACAGUAGCAGAGAGACAGACAGGCAUACAUAAAUCAGUACUUACCAUCUAAAAUCUAAGAGUUUGCAUGCUCCUGAAAACCCUCCGUUUAUGAUUGCCUACAAAAUUUAAACUUUUCUUUGGCAGGUAACAAAGGUACAUACAUGAGUGUACUUGGGAAUUUAAUUUUUAAGUUUGAGCGCUUGAUUUUUGGAAUCUUUUCAUUUCUUCUUAGAGAAUGAUGUUACAUCACCUAACACAUGUUUGGGUGGGAUUUAAUAACAAGCACUAGAACUGUCCAGUCUUUCAUACUAUCUCAGUUUCUCAAUUCUCAGCUUUAGGGAACUAGCUGCUAUAGCAGCUGGUACUACUGAAGACUUGCUGUAAUGUAUAUAAGGACCAAAAAAAAAAAAAAAUCAGAGACUGUGAUUUUAAACAGAAAGCUCCACGACUUCCAAGAUUUUUAGUUCUGCAGGGGUCUUGUGGGUUCUAAUCAAGAUCUUUUAUUGAGAAGUAACAAUAACAACAACAAAAAGUAAACUUAUGUUUGUGUAGGAGGAAGAGUAAAAUAGUUUCAACUAUGGAUUGCUCAUUGUCCAGUAAACAGAUCUCUUUUCCACUCUACUUUGUAUUUUGCGUGUUUGAUACAUACGUACGUAGGUGCUCACCUGUUGAUAUAUUCUCUGUGUUACAGGCAUGUAUACACACACCCUCUUUUUGUAUUAAGAAAUUAUGGGCCUAAGAUCCAUUAUAUUAUCAAGCAUAGAAUAUUUUAACCAUAAUUCCUAUAGCUCACAAUUUACAGAAUGUACAGAGAUCUAAAAAACAUUCAGCAUUAUGCUAGCCUGUGCACUAAGAGACAGUUAGUUUCAGAGAAAUAAUCUGUGAAAACAGUUUUUCAGCUGUUUUGUAUUAUACUAGUUAGAUAUUUUGUAUCUCGGAUUUCAAUUGUUUCUCUUACAGACUUCUUAAAUAGAUUAAUGAACUACAUGUAAAAAAAAAAAUUAUAUAUGUACCAGUAGCAGAUGCAAGAGCAACUUGUAAUGUUGUCGUUGAAAUACUUGGUAAUUCAGUUGUAUAAUUACCUGUCUUCCAACCUUUCUUUUCAGUUUUCAAGUCUCAAAAUUUUUAAUAGGUGAAGGCUGAACAAAGGUUCAUCUACAUCUACGUUGCACAGCACUAUUCUGCUUGUGCCUCCAAGCAAUUAUUCUCUUUAGCAAUGCUUUCUUACUCUGACCACCCCCAUUCUCAAAAUAAAUGAAAGAGCACGUCUCACAAACUACACAUACAGGAUUUGCAUCUCUACAGAGUUGAGAUUAAAGAAGUACUGUACCAAAAUACCUGGAGGGGUUUAAAAGCAAUUCUUUGUGAAUUUAUAAGCAGAAUAAAAUUAAUGAGAAGCAGGCUAAUCUUGCCAAGAGAAAGGGAUUCAGAUACGAUCUUCUCCUUCUGUAUGUAAGUUUCUAGUUGCUGUUCUUAGACAGCACUGGGAGUCUAAUGAAUUGCUGCUUUUUUUUUUUUUUUCAUCGUGGGGGAGGAGGAGCUCAAUAUAGAGGCCUUUGUGGCCAUGGCUGUAGAAGCAGUUGGGUACAUGCUUUUAAGGGGUCUUGCUGAAAUGUUUUUCCCUUGUCUUAAUAGCUCCCUCAUCUGCCCCAGUCAUGUAAAAGUGUAACUUAAAUUUCUGGUUUCCAUCUUAACUGUGAAGUUAUUUAUGGAAAAUGAAACAUAGUCCAUAAAGUCAGUAUAAGCCAAAAUUUUAUAGAAGUUAAAAUCUGAAUUUAGAAUCACAACAUCUGAAUUUAGAACAAUUUAGAAUCACAGAAUAUCCUGAUUUGGAAGGGACUACAAGGAUCGUCAAGUCCCAAUUCCUGCAGAAUGUAUUUAAAAUUGUACCAAACCCUAAGGUCACAGAAACAACUAGUUCCAUGAUAACAGUAUAGCAAAGAAAUUUGGUGAUCAAAACCCAUAAUAGGACAAAAAUGACUAUUUCAGAAUCUGCAUUCACAUUUGGAAGGUUUCUAGUUUUUACUUUUUGAAAUGGAAUGCAAAACUUCAAUCCGCAAGCUGUAUUGGGCCUUAUUUUAUCAUCUGAAACAGCCUCUGUGGUUUCCAUUUUCCUCUUGCCCUUUGACAUGGUGACCUUCUGGGGCUAGCAGAGUAGUAUUCCAAGCGCUGAUUUAAUCUUUGGCAAACUGGAGCUAAGUUAUAUGACUAAAUUCUGGUAACUUGGACAUGCCAAUGCAAUUUCUGCUGAUAAAUAGGAAAUUAAAAAAAAAAAAAAGUUUUAAUGUACUAUAUGCAAUAUAAACCUUUUAGUUUAGUACAGCAUCCAUUUCCAUUUAAGAACAAUCCAAAGGGGGGGGGGGGGGGGGGGGGGAGAACAUGAUCCUAAGAUUUCAAUUUCUGUGCAAAUUUGUCCUAACAAUGCAAAACCAUUUUGAAAAAAUUACCAGAGUAGAAGCUGGUAUGCAAAAUAAAUUAGGGAAUGGUUCAUGGUUUUGGGCCUUCCUUAGUUUUACUUUGUUUCUGCUAAAAUGAUAAAGUAUGAGACAACUAAUGAUGUUACUUUGUUAUGCAGGGAUACAGAGGUUUAGGGAUUAGUGUCUUACAUAUUUUAAUUAAUAAGAGAUGUGGAACGUCAAAGCCAUUGUUCCUGCUACCAAGAAAAAUUGAAUCCAUUACAAGUAAGCCUGUUUUGAAGAUUGUUACUGCAGUCACAAAUCCUACAGAGCUUUUUAUAAACAUAUCUGAAAGUUGGGUUGAAGUAGCAUGAUUUUGUAGAGAAGAUUAUAUUUCUUCUAUGUAUUUGCUUGGAAAAAAAAGUGGAAAAUGUAGAAUGCCUUCCUUUUACCUUUCUUCUCAAUCCAAAGUCUUCACAAUUAAUCUUUUCUCUUUCAAAUCUGCUGUCACUGCCUUGUCUGAUCUCUUUCUGUUUCCUCUUCAUCCCACGUUAGAGUUUUAAGGACUGUACAGGCUCCCUGUGCUGUUUGUGCAAUGAACAAGUAGUAGAGCAGACCCCAUUCUUGAUGGGCUCCUAUGCAGUGCUGUUAUAAAUGUGAUCAACAGUUCCACGAUGUUUCCUCAAACAACAAGAAUGGCACCCUGAACUUCUACAGGUUAAGCAAAAGGAUAGGGAAGUGGGGUAAAAAUAAAAUAAUAAAAAUGUAAAAACAAACAAACAAAAAAAACAGUAUGUUAAGUCCUUCCUAUGUUGCUAACAUUGCAUUUCAAAGACAGCUGACAUGUUUCAAAGUAGUCUCAACCUUUUCCCUCAGUUAACAAACAUACAUCUAUCUCAUUAUAUGUGAUCUGGACACUUAAAAUGUUUCUUUUAUAUACAAAAUGGAUACUCUUUCAGAAGAUUCUAGAAAACCUAAUUUCCAUCUUCUGGAUAUUACUUGUAAUAUUUUCAAAUGUUACAGGGAAACUGCACUGAAAACUGUAUGUGAAUGGAGGUUAACUUUGCUUAUUGUCUGUUGGUAUUGAAUCUGCUCAUUUUAUUUUUCUUUCAGCAUUACCUAGGAAUAUCACUUGUGUAAUCUGCUGAAGACAGUAUUCAGCAAUGUGCCUUUCUGUGUACAGUGUUUCCAGAUGAUAAUUACAAAGGUUACGUGUUUAGACAAAACUCAUAGAAAUACGUUGGAAUAAAUCAAAGUAACAUAUCAAAAUUAUAUUAGGGCUGAGCCAAUUAAUCUGAAAAUCUAAAAAAGUAAGAAAUUCAAAGACCUAACGGAGACCGUUUAAGUUCCUGAGAUUUUUCUCCAUCUCAAACUCUUUUUCCUUCACAAAGAACACAGCAAGGGAAGUUACAUUUAGCUGCACAACACAGCAAUUUCAUCCAUAUUGUCUGAAAGCAUACAUAUAGUGCCACUUUUUUAAAGAUAUAUUCUUCCUACAUCUCUUACAAGUGAACAGUUUCUGGUGAUGCAUAGCAAGAUUCUACUUGUGUUUAUAAAAGCUUUUUAGUUUACAUAAAAAGUAUAACCACACUGUUUCACCUUUUACCGAUAAAGCUAAUUUUCUGAUAACAGUUUGUCUAAUAAAUCAGCUUUCAGAGAGACUUCA